AUAGCGAUCGCUGAGGAGGCGAUAGAGAUCGCUGAGGGCGCGAUAGCGAUCGCUGAGGAGGCGAUAGAGAUCGCUGAGGGCGCGAUAGCGAUCGCUGAGGAGCGCGGCGGGAGCGCACCUGGCGGCCCGGCGGUGCGCGCCUGCGGAGCGCGGGCGGGGCCGGGCGGCGGCGGCGGCGCGGGGAGAGCGGCGGCUCCGGCGGCACCGCGGCCGCGCACAGGUACCGGGCCGGGCACAGACAAGAUCGAGAAGGUCGAUGUCGUGACUGUUGCUGCAGUGCGCACGUCCAGUCAGCCCGCUGAAAUUGUGCAGGAAAUAACAAGAUCUCAGGAUGUCCACGGGGCCACAGCUGCCAAGUGCCUUCCCAUCUAAAGGAUCCUGAGAGCACCCGCACCUUGGAGCUGGACCCUUGCAGUCCCAACCUCAUUCUCUGAUCUGUGCAGGCUCGGGUUUUUCCCAGUGAUACUUGCUGAGGUUUCAUAGCUGCAUUGGAUCACUGACUGAGGUCCCCUGUAAAUUAUAACACUGAAAACAAUGGCAACAGAAUGUAUAAAAACCUGCUGUAAAUUGUGUUUCUGCAUGGACAAGGAAAAAAAUGAUCCAGUUUCCAUGGUGCAGGAAUCUGAAGCAGUAGCUGCAAGCAAGCCAACUAUUGUAGAGCAGCCUCCAUUGUCUUCUGUGUCAGUGAAGCGUCAAGUUGGCUGCUCCGAGGAUUAUUUGCUUUCCAAACUGCCCCUGGAUGGUCAGGAGGUCCCAUUCGUGGUCCCUCCAUUCAAACUGGCUUAUGUACAGCCGAAGAACCUUCCUAGUAUCUCACAUGCUGGAGGCAUUAAAGAUUCAGCCAGAGCCUCGUUUGGCGAGCGGAAGGCAGAGCUGCACAAGGCAGAGCUGCACAAGGCAGAGCUGUGCGGCGCGUGCCAGUGGCCCCGCUAUGACGUGUACAACCCCUUCUACCUGGAGCACCGCGUUUCACCAGACCUCAGCAGGCGCUUCCAAGCAAAAUCAGAUAGCAGGAAAUUGUAUGGAUCAGUUAGUGAUUUGAGACCCAGCACUCUGCCUGGCUCCCUUGAUGUGAGCCGUUCGAUGUUUGACCUCAGGAGCCCACCUCACCGAUUCAUGAAGAGAUAUGAUUCAGUCUCCAGUGUACCUAGCAGUACCUCUUCCAGGAAGGAUUCACAAGGCAGUAACAGGAGUCUGGAUACUAUUACAUUAUCAGGUGAUGAACGAGACUUUGGAAGACUGAAUGUGAAGUUGUGUUAUGUUUCUUCGGUAGAACAGAUUUGGAUCACAGUUUUACAUUGCAGAGACCUGACCUGGCCUUCUAGCUGUGGGGAAAACCCUCGUAUCUGUGUCAAGGGAAUUCUCACACUGCCCAAGCCAGUGCAUUUCAAAUCUUCUGCCAAGGAGGGCUGCAAUGACAUUGAAUUUAUGGAAACUUUUGUUUUUGCUAUUAAACUGCAAAGCCUGCAGGCUGUCAGAUUGGUAUUUAAAAUCCAGACACAGACUCCCAGGAAAAAAACUAUUGGAGAAUGUUCCUUGGCACUGCGGGAGCUGAGCUCACAGGAGUCAAAUCAUUGGCUGGAUAUAUCUCCUCCUUCCAAAGCACCUGUGUGUCGUGCAGAACUUCAAAUAGGAACUUGUUUUCAGGCAAUAAACAGGAGGAUACAGUUACAGAUUCUUGAAGCACAAAACCUUCCUGUUUCAUCCACGCCACUGCCUUCAAAUUUCUUUGUGAAAGUUGGAAUGUUUAGUACAGAAGGGAUCAUCUAUAAAAAGAAGACUCGCCUUCUGAAGUCCACUAACGGCCAAGUGAAGUGGGGAGAAAUGAUGGCUUUUCCAGUUAGCCAAGCAGAACAAGGAAUUAGCUUUCUCAUCAAGCUCUACAGCAAAAGCUCAGUGAGAAGAAAACACUUCCUAGGACAGAUCUGGUUAAGUCCUGAUAGCAGCAACAGUGAAGCAGCAGAGCAGUGGAAAGAUACCAUUGCAAACCCUGAAAAAGUUGUUGUUAAAUGGUACAGCAUUGGUCCAUCUUGAAGACUGGAGAUGAAAUUCAGAACUGAUUUUUCUACAGAAAUUCAUAUGCUGUCUAAAAUAGUAGAAAUAAAAAGAAAGAUAUUGUCUGUGCAAGUUCUUCAGAAAUUCUCCACUGCAUCAUGCCUCUGUGGAAACAGGGAAAAUUCAGUUUCACCAAGAGAAAUGCUGGCUAAAUACUAUUUAAAAGAAGACUUGGGAACUGGAAAAAGUGCUCAUUUGAUUUCACAAAAUCCAUCUUGGAAAAAGAUGUUUGCCCCUUUCGGACUUCAUAAAAGCACAGAAAUUCAAUUUCAGAGAGAAGCAGCUUGAAUCAACUCCAUUUCACUAGCCACUGACAUCAAGCUCAUCUGCAGCGUUGUCUUUGGGAGUCUCCCAACUCCAGGGUGUGGGGUUGUGUCAGUGGCUUGAUUCUGGGUACCUGUGAGCCUCUGAGGUCGUUGACACCAUUUGAUCAGAACAACAUGUGCCUGAGCAGGUGGGGAAACUGUGGCAGCAGGAGAAGGAAUAAAGGGAAGUACACAGUAAAGCAUUACUCACAGCCUUUUCUAACCUCCAUUUUGGAUGAAAGGUUAUUCAGAAGGGUUGCCCCCAUCCUUUUCUCAAAAUAGAGAGAUGGAAAGAUAAAAGUUCUCUGACUUAGUGAUCUUUAUAAGAGGUGCCCUCUAGACUUGCUCUGUUUGGGUAAAUUCUGGCUGGAAUCAAUGGAAGAGUACAAAGAGGCAAUGACCCUGCCUAGAAUCAGAGCCAGUAUUUUUAGAUUGCUUUCUUAUAUAGAAUACUUACAUGUAAACCACUUCCUAUCUAGUCAGCAUGCUCUAGCAUUUGCUUACAUUGCCAAAACACAGGCUAACAUGUACAGAGGAGUAAGCAAAGAUUUACUGACUUACCUGCUUUUUGGUAUUAAUUAAAAUGCAGCCCUGUAAGGGAUUCAGACUUUGUUUAAAGGAUGGGCUGUUGCUGCAGAAGCAUUUGUUACAUGUCUAGGAUGUUAAAAAAUUAUGUGUGCGAGUAUAUUUUUAUUACUUGUUUCUAGUAAGAAGAAAUUACCAUAUUUUUUAUUGCAAAUUGUAUUUUUCCAACAAAAUCCUCAGAUUAUAUUUUCUGUUAGUUCCCAUAUUUUCAGGUGUUUAUUCACAGGUUUUUUUAAGGGGGGAAAAUACCAAGUAUAUAAUUGAUAAUGUAUAAAUCUAAAAGCACAGACAUCUUUGCACUACUUCAACUACUUGAUUAAAAACUACAUACAUAUUCCAUUAACUCCACUGCUUACCUAUUUACUGUUGGCUCUCUGGGCUGUAUAAAUAUGUAUGUUUGUAUAGAUGCUGAGUAAAUCUACCUUUGUUCAUAAUGUGGAUCUGAUUCCACAUCUGACAGGAGCUAGAGUGGCAGUGAGAGCACUCGCUGCUGGAAGGCAAAGGAACAGAGCAGAGGGGAGCCGAGAAAAUGCUGUAACAGGAAAGCACAUCCUCUUCAAGCAUACAGCUCAGUGCAUCUUUAUUUCAAGUUGUUUGCCUUUGAGUGUCAGGAAAAAAUGGGGUUUUUUUUUCCAUCAGUUGAUAAUUGAAGCUUUUGAAACUUCAACCAUGCAGGUUGUUGUUGUUGAAGUUUAAUAUUUUGAAAACAGAAGGAUUUUCAAAGACUCGUACAUAUUCUGCUUUUCGACCAGUCAUUAUAAAAGAACUGAAGAAAGGCUUUGCAUCUUACUUGGACAACAAACACUGGUUCUAGCUCUUACUCUUUGCAAAGCUCCUAGUAGGCCCAGAGGAUCUUGACUGAUACUGAUAAUUUUCAUCCAGUUAAAACAGUCAGGAGGAGCCUGGCCUGCUGGGUAAAGUAAAUAAAGGAAGUGGGCUGAAUUGAUAUUUUUGGAAUAUCUUUAUUUUAAUACAUGGAUCUUUUUUACUCAUUGUGGCUGAACAUUUUAUUCAUUGUGGCAAUAAACAAAAGUGCAAACUAACUGUUUCCUGAUGCAGAAUGCUGUUCUGUUUAAAAGAGAGGACAGGGAAUAUCCCAGUGUUUUGUAGACUUCAAUUACCACAGCAGUGGUUCUACAGAGUUUGCCAACUCAGUGGAUGCUGUAUAAAACAGAUUUCUGGGGCUGUUUUAGGAUACUUAUCCUUCUAAAGGCCUAACUAGUCCCUUUUUUGUUUUGCUAUGUUAAUAUUUAAUCUAUAUGUUUAUAAUAAAAGCUAUGAACAGCAAAUAUUCCUCUUUUUUUCCCAAUUGUUUAUACUAAUGUUUAGCAGCAUCUCAAAGGGAAAUUCAAUUCCUACUUUUUUCUCUGAGAAAAUGCCAGCUAACAAACACCGUUUCCUGUAGUGCUGUCUGUAGGGGAGUACUGCUGACACACAGAUCCAUAAGGCUUCUCCACCAAGAUGCACACAGGUACUGCAGCAUUCUGAAGAACUGCUCUGGGGCACUGCUUCAUUCUGUGCUCAUUCCCAGGCUUUGGCGUGCAUUCGUGCAAGAAUUCAAUGAGUUAACAGCUGACAUGCAAGAAGAAGGAAAACAGGUGUCCUAGGACACUUCUAAUGGUCCCAGCUGUAUGUCAUCCCUGCAAAGCAUCCUCAGCCACUAUUUUGAUUGUUACAUCCAAGUUUACUGUCAUUGACAAUACUGUUAAAGCUGUUUUGUCAGUUCACUUUAUUUGUAGAUAAAAGGCACAUGUGGUUUAUAGUUGGAUUUGCUCUUGCUUCUAGUUAGUGACUCACCCAGUUUCCUAACCUAAUUCUGAUGAAGGCAGCAGAGGUUCAGAGCUGCACCAGUUUUAUUCUGGUCAGCUCCCAAAUGGAUGUGGAUGAACUGGAAGAACAAUGAUGAUCUUAUAUUAAAUGUUAUUCAUAUAGAGAUCUGUGGCUGCAUAGUUAGAAACUAACCAUGGACAAAACGUGAUCAGAUUUUCCAAAAAGUGUGUGUAUAAUUUCACUGGUUAAUCAAACAAUCCUGUUUUAUUUAUUUAUGACUAAUAGUAUUCUGUAUGUAAACGAGUACAAUAAAUUUAUUUUUCAAGUU